AUGGCUAGAAUUGGUGUAAAAAUAUAUGAUCUAAUGCCGUUAAAUGAAAAACUGAGAUAUUUUAACAUUGGGGCUUUCCAUACAAGCAUUGUUUUGAACGGCAACACCGAAAUUUGCUAUGGAGUUGGAGGAGCUUUUAACGAAACAGGUAUUUCAUCAUACCAUAUCUCAUCAGAAGAUUCAAAUACCGCUGGGUUUGAAAACGUAAACUAUUACAAAAUCAUUCAAUUUGGGAAAAUUAAAAAGACUACGCAACAAGUUGAAGAUAUAAUAGCAGAUAUGUCAGUACUUCCUGAGUGGAAAAAUGGAAGUUACUCAGUUUUACUUCAUAAUUGCAAUUCUUUUACUUAUGAAUUAUGUCGACGAAUCUUAGAGCCAGAUCAACUUAAGAACUACCCAAUGUGGAUAUUUAGAGGAGAAAAUAUAGUGAAUUUUAUCAUUAAAAUUUCAAUUUCUCCAAUUUACGUCCUUUUUGGAAAACAGUCACCAAUUUUUAGACCACCAUUAAAUGAUCCAGAUGCUCAUUACUCAGAAUCCACAGAUUUUGAAGAACAAUUACUUCAUCGUACAACACAUUUCAAUGAUUAA